UUGCUCACUAUCUUCUCCUCCAUUGUGGCUGUGGUUUCUAGAGUAAGCCGGAUUCGCUAUAUUACGCCGGAUUCAGCAAACUUACGCCAUGGGCCUCCUAGACCAGUUGUGGGACGAUACCGUCGCCGGGCCCCAGCCGGAUCACGGCCUCGGCAAGCUUCGGAAGUACUCCACCUUUAACUCCCGACCGACCUCCGGCAAGGCGGCAUCAGACGGUGGAAAUGGAAGAUCGUACAGCGAUGAUUCGUCGGAGGAGGCGAUGAGAGUUACACGUAGUAUUAUGAUAAUAAAACCUCCGGGAUUCCAAAACGGAUCGCCGCCGGUGUCCCCGGCCGGAUCUACACCCCCGGUAUCUCCUUUUUCCGGUAAGCUCGCAGAAUUUCCUUUAAAAUGCCAAAAAUGCCCUCGCUUAUUUGUUUCAUAUGCGAAAGCCCCACUCCAUGAAAAGUGGAGGUGGGGAAAUCUAGAAAGACCCUACACAAAAGUAAAACGGGCAGUAUGGUAAUUUUAGUUGACAUGUUUCCCAGUCAAAUGGAUGUAAUGAUAAUGGGUGAGAGAGUAGGAGUUAGGUCAUGGAAAUUUAUGGUAUUGGGGUUUGUUUUGGUUGGUUAGAAAAUGACGUUUUUGUCCUCAUCCACGUACAAUAAUGCAAUGGGCCAUGUUUGCUAUUUAUAAUGCUUUAUUUUUUUGUUAAACUAUUCGUGCCCUUCUUAAGACGUACACAUAAGUUUAGUAAAUACAUGAAAGUUUUGGCCUUUUUGGGUUGGAUUUCAUCUUAUUUUAUUAUAUAAUUGUUAGAAAAUUGAUGAAUUAAAUUAUAUGCUGGUAAACAAUUCCAUAUAUAAGAAAAGGUGGCAUGAAAUAAACCUUACACCCUUGUCUUAUAGGAUGCAAGAUGGAUCUUGUAGUCUAGAUUUAGUGUGAUGAAGCUUGAAUUAUGGGUGUAUUUGGAGGUUAGAUCUAAAAAUAAACCCCAUGAUUCAUUGAUAUGUAGAUGUUGAUUUCAUGAAUUCUAGUACAAGUAUUGGAAUGAAGCCUUAUAUCCCAUGUUGAAUAUCCAUCCAAAUAUAGCUUCAUGGUAUUGUUACAUAAUUCUAUGUGUUAGAAUGAAUUGUUUUGAUGGUGAAACAUGGUUAUGGGUGUAUGUAUUUCAUUGAAAACAUAGAAUCUAAUGUUGUUAUUAUUAUUAUUAUUAUCAUGGUUCUUACAUUGAUUCCAUGGCUGGUUUACAUACAAGGUGGGAAGGAGUCUUUCCGGUUUCGCCGGCGAUCUACAUCGGAUGCUUACGAGAAGGGGAAUGGGGUUGGACCAAGGAGCCCUCGUCCUCCUUACGACGUGUGAGAUCUGAUCCUGGAGAUCUGGUUAUCUGGUUGCACCAGCACCCUAGCUUCUGGCUUCUUUUUCCAUGUAUCAAUCCCACCUCCCAUGAUCAUGUACGUGAGGAGGAGCUACAUAAAGAUAUGAAUAUGUGUGUGUGUGUAGUGUUUGCUUGUGGGUUGUGCAUGUGGCUAAGCUAGCCCUGUAAAUAUGGGGAUCUCUGCAUGCAUGCAUGCAUGCAUGGAUCCUAGUAGUCUGUUUUGUAAUCAGUAGACUCUGUAGUUUGUAAUGUAGAAGUCUGCUAUCUGUAUCCAUAGGAGGAGGAGGAGAGGAGAGGAGAGGAGAGGAGAGGAGAGGAGAGGAGGUUUUGUGGUGAGUUCCCUUUUGGUGGUGUAAUGUGAUAAUGUAGUGUAAUAAAAAAGAAGUCUGUGUUGAUCCCA